AUGGACAGUGUCUCUUACCAACGUUUUCCCCGUAUCAAAAUUAGUGAAGUCAAACCCGACUUCAUGAAAUUCGAGCUCCGCGACACAGAUUUCAGCAUAGCUAACACACUUCGUCGUAUAAUGAUAACUGAAGUCCCAACCAUAGCAGUCGACCUCGUAGAAAUCAAAGUGAAUUCUUCUGUCUUAAAUGACAAGUUUAUUUCAUAUCGUUUAGGUUUAAUACCAUUAACGAGUAACCGUGCUAUGAGUAUGAGGUUUUCGCGUGAUUGUGAUAAUUGUGAUGGUGAUGGACAAUUUGCCUAUGGGACCUGGAGAACUUCUACCACCCGCUACUCCUAUGUCGCCCAGAGUGAUUUUGAGAGGUUCCUUGAGAAUCAGAAGACACAGAGGGCCACCAUAUCCAAACUUGAGGGGUCCUACUCAUCCUUGGCACAGUCACAUUGGGAUCUGCGUGACUCUUACAAUAAGAUGUGCAAAAGGAAGAAGAAGAGAGACAAGUCUUUCACUUGCAUAUGGAAAGGGGUAAAGGGCUUGUGGAAGGUCCUGAAGCUCAGAGAGAGAAUUUUCUCCCCCAGAGAGGAUACUAAUGAUGAAGAUCCGACUAGGUGGUCAGAGGAUGAUAAGCCAAAGUUUGAUGAUGUUGAUGAGCAGAUGGAAAGUGAUAGCAACACUUGA